AUGGUAGCUCGUACACAAAAACCACAACAUCACCAACUUUUCAACUCCUCUUUCGACAAGAUCGAAUUUGAUUUCGAUGACCUCAAGUCUCCUACACCACAAAAGGCUACGAAGAAGAGUGUCCGAUUCGAAAGGCAUGAUCAUGUCUAUGAGAUCCCCCACAUUGAUGAUCUGAGCGAUGAAGAGAUCGAUGAUGUCUGGAUGCAUCCUGACGACUUCAAGGCUAUCCGAAGAGAGUGCCAAGCUAUCAUACUCAUCAUUGAACACGAUAGCGAUCUCAUCGAAGGCGCUGAGCUUCGAGGACUCGAACAUCACACAUCCAAACAAAAGAAGCAAGCCCAAGCAAUCCAAAAGCUCCUCUACGACACUGUUGAGAGACUUCAAACGUACGGCGACCAAUCCUCAACCGAUGUAUCUGAUAUGUUGGCAUGUAUGUGCCAAAAGAUCUCAAAGAGACCUGAAGCAUUUGCGAGACAAACUGCAGCUGAAGACGAAGAGGAAGCCAAGAAGGUGUGA